CUGGUUGCCCUACUUCCAGUCACACAUCAUCACUCAUCAGCUCGCAAUGAAACCCAAAAAUCAUCCCCAUGGAGCAGGUGUUUCGUAAACCCUACAAAUGCUCAUAGAAGGAGGCGAAACGCUGAUCAGAUUUUUAAGCGAAUCGGCUUCACAGAUACUUGAGAUAUCCUACCUCAAAAAUUUCUCUUCGCCAGCUAGGGCUGGGCGCUGAUGAUGGCCGAAAAAGUCGAUGAGCUGUUUAUGGAGGAAGGCAUUGAUGGCGGCGAUGGUGAUGGCGGCGGGGACAGCAACGGUGGUGAUAGUGGAAGUGAGGUUGAAGAGCGUGGGGAGCCUUCGUCCUCUUUCCGUUCUUACCAGUGGCCCCAAAGCUACAGACAAAGUGUCGACUCUUACACAGUUACAGCAUCCCCAAGCUUUGGAUUUCUUAGAGGUGCUUCAACUAGAUACUCAAGCCUUGACCUUGGCACACAAAGUGGAUAUGAUCUGAACUUGAAGUCGCCUUUGCUUUUUGAAAGUACUUCUGAGAAAGAUGGUUUAGAUAAGAACUUGAAGACACCGAUCAAUUUAAUAGGAGAUGAAGUUAUUUCCUCUCAUUUGCAGUUUCACGGCGGGCUUGUUUCUCAUGGAUGCAGUGUCACCCAGACAGUUUUUAAUGGAAUUAAUGUGCUGGCAGGUGUUGGUCUUAUUUCCUUACCGUAUACAAUCAGAGAGGCUGGGUGGAUUGGGCUGGCAUUCUUGGGUCUUUUUGCAAUGGUUUGCUGCUACACUGGAUUUCUUUUGAAAUACUGUUUUGAGAGCAAAGAAGGCAUAUUAAGCUACCCUGAUAUUGGAGAAGCUGCAUUUGGGAAAUAUGGGCGAAUUUUAGUAUCGAUUGUCUUGUACACGGAAUUAUAUAGAUCUUCAACUGUGCCUGCCACUGUUAUUCUUCUGCAGUCAUAUUGUGUGGAAUUUAUUAUAUUGGAAGGUGACAAUCUUACAAGGAUGUUUCCUGGUGUUGCUUUGGAUUGGGGGGGCAUUCACUUAGAUUCUUUACAUUUCUUUGGAAUUUUGACUGCUUUGAUUGUAUUACCAACUGCUUGUCUAAGAGAUCUCAGGAUCAUAUCAUAUCUUUCAGCUGGAGGUGUCUUUGCAACUAUUCUAAUUUUCAUUUCUGUUCUUUCUGUGGGGGCAACAGAGGGGAUUGGGUAUCAUCAAACAGGUGAAGUUGUGAGAUGGAGUGGCGUACCUUUUUCUGUUGGAAUAUAUGGAUUUUGCUAUUCUGGUCAUGCAGUUUUUCCAAAUAUAUAUCAGUCUAUGGCUGAUCGAACAAAAUUUACAAGAGCGUUAGUAAUAUGCUUUUCUUUGUGCACAGCAGUAUAUGGUUCUUUUGCUGCCAUUAGUUAUCUCAUGUUCGGUGAAAGUACGCUAUCACAGAUAACCUUAAAUUUGCCAAAGGAUGCCGUGGCAUCGAAGAUUGCCCUGUGGACUACUGUAAUAAAUCCUCUCACCAAAUUUGCACUGUUGCUUAAUCCACUGGCAAGGAGUAUCGAGGAGCUUCUUCCAUCAGGAAUCUUCAAUAGUAUUUGGUGCCCUGUACUAUUGAGGACAGCACUUGUCGCUUCAACCGUAUGCAUUGCUUUUCUUCUACCUUUUUUCGGCCUUGUGAUGUCCCUGAUCGGCUCUCUAUUCAGUAUACUGGUGCAGGCAAUCAUAAUGCCAACCCUAUGCUUCUUGAAGAUAUCAGGGAACAAGGCCUCAAAUUUGCAGGUUACUGCAGGCGUGGUUAUUGUGGCUGUGGGCAUCAGCUGCGCAAUUCUGGGAACUUAUAUUUCAAUAUCUAAGAUUGUGAAUAGCUAUUGACGCAGAAGUUCCGAGGCGCAUCUCCCCAGAAUUACAUAAAAGCUAUCGCAAAUAUUGUCUUUUUAUAUGUUUAAAGCCUGCAAAUAUCUUCAUGUGCUUUUUCACUAUUUAGGUAAAGCCAACAUAAAACCAUGGACUAGCUCUCAUCUCUGGAGUUAUUAAUUCGAAGUUCUGCUUUUCUUCAUUUUUUUUU